AUGCUCGUUCUGGCUGUGCUCAUCGUUGGGCUCCUUCCCUUGACCGCAAGAGCAUUUCCACCCGCUCAUGGCAAUGCUCCAGGGGGCCAAGGCCCAUGGUCUCACGGCUCGAAGUGGAACGUCCCAAACUUCAAGUCAAUGGUUGUCUUUGGAGACAGUUACACGGACAGUUCUCGCUACUUAUAUUUCACUUCACAUGACGGAAAUGCCCCUCCUGUUGGAUACAGCAAUCCUACCAACUACGAUGCUUCAGAUAACGGAAGAAUUUGGGCGAGCUACGUUGGCCAGUACUCUGGCGCCAACAUUUACAACUACGCCGUGAGGGGAGCAGUCUGCAGCAACAAUUUGACGCCACGCACCGCUGUAUCCGGCAAUUUGUCGUUCCCGUAUCCAUCAGUUGAGCAAUAUGAAGUCCCUGCGUUUCUAGCCGAUUCGACGUACACUGUUGGAGGCAAGGAGUUUCUAGACAUCCCAACGGAAGACACCGUAUACACAAUCUGGAUAGGAACAAACGAUGUUGGAACUGGGGCAUACCUCAGCGACUCUCAAAAGACUGGCGACCUGACCUCCUACGUUGACUGUGUUUACAAUCAGUUCUCACGAAUAUACCAGCGAGGAGCUCGAAAAUUUAUUCUGAUGAAUCUGGCGCCUCUGCACCUUGCUCCACUCUACGCCCUCCCAUCAGUUGGGAACAACGGAACGUAUCAGAACGCGACCGAGACCAGCUACCGCAUGCUCGAGACUGUCAAGACGGUGAACGCUAUUUUUGCUUACCGCACGCCAUUUCAAGCAAUGAUCUCAAAUGACUUUCCCGGAAGCCAAUGGGCGGUGUACAACGUCCAUGAUCUGUUGACUGAUAUAUACAACCAUCCUUCGCUUUAUCUGAACGGCACCGCACCGCUUAACGUUACAGGUUUUAUUGCACAGUGCACUUCGAGCAAUCCUUGCGCUGGUCAGACAAGUCCAGAUAGCUACAUGUGGUACAAUAAUCUGCAUCCGAGCGAGCAGACCGAUAGAGUGAUUGCCAAGAAUUUUGUGGAAGUUGUCAAAGGGACUAGCAAGUGGGCGACGUACUGGGCCUAA